AGAUUUUUUUUCUCAUUUGUUCCCAUGCUGGAAAAUGUAACGGUUUGUCCUCGGUGGUCAACUUCAUACUUAUUUGGUCAUCAUGCAAGAGUUUUAGAUUAUCAGGUUAAAUCUUUAACCCUCGGUGUGUUUGCUGAUGAGGUAAACUACUCCCCCGUAGAGAUCCCUACAGAGAUGGAGAUGUUCAGAAGCCUUAGGACAUUAAGCUUGACGCUUAUUUCCAAUUAUGAGAUUUUACAGUUAGUUGAACCAUCCGAACUCUUGGGUGCUUGUCCUCUUCUUCAAAAUUUCAAUUUGAUGGUCAUGGGUUCUUUUGAUCAUCUAUUUGUAAAUUUUCCUCGACAUCUGAUGUCAAAGUGCCGCAUCAGUUUAGUUGGCACAGUGGAAAGUUUUCAAGAUCGUCGAUUUGCAAACUGUAGUAAUAAAUAAAUCGAGAAGAAUAAAUGAUGUAAGAGGAAGUACAAGGCCGCCGCCUAGAUGUCACGAUAAACUAAAACAAGUUAGGUUUGGCGGAUUUUAUGGAACGGAAUCAGAGAUGAGAUUUGCUCUUUAUGUUCUAGCAACUGCACCAGCACUUGAGAGAAUGUUUAUCAGCCCUGGCUACAAAAAUUAUUUCUCAUCAGCACCGCAGACUGAGUUCAAUCUUUCAUUCGAUGAAGCAAAACGCAACUCAAUCCAACAGAAACUUCAUGGACGAGCUGCCUCUAGGAAAGCUGUGGUGAUCGUCCAAUAAGCUGUGGUGAUUUCAUGGUUGAUUCCCGAGAUUCUAUUAACUACGACACCAAUAUAUUAAUUUACGUUGCUUACAGUGUCAGCAGAGUUUUAUCUUGCCUUUGAUCUUGUUCAAUGAACGUAGCUUUCUUUCUAUGUACCGGUCCCAGUCACUACUCACUCAUGUACUGCAUGAAUUUGUGUUAUGUCCAUGCAUGAAAUCUUAGAAGCUAGUUGGACCAUACAACGCGUAGUUUUCUUGAUUUAUUAUGCA